AUGAAGUGGGUGUUAUUGGAAGGAGUGGAAAAGGUGGUGGAUAGGUUUUUUGACAACUCAUCCUUUUAUGAUGCUAAUAAAGAUCUCCAAGCUACCUGUAUUGAAUUAGGUAGAAGGCAAGGAUGUGAAAUGGUGAAUUUUGAACAUUCUUUAGGGAUCUAUCUAGAAGAUAUUCCUUUGUAUAACCUCACUCGAGUACAACGAAUGGAGGAGGCAUUUUAUUCACUGUUUUACAGUAACUACCUUUCUGAGUUGGGUUUCCCCUUGAGCACCGUAGACCAAUUGUGGCAUCUGGUGUGUGAUCAUGUUGAUGGUGAAGCUUCCAUAAUUUGUGAAGCUAAUAAUAAGGAAUGA